UAAAAAAACAUUCCCCUUGUAAACUAGUGGGAACUAACUUCAGUUUAGGCCACUUUCCGAGUUUUCCAGUAUUUCUGAUCAUUGGUUUAUUGUGCAGUGAGGACUGAGCACAUCCCACAUUUUGCGUUCGGUGACUUCCGACCUUGUCGCAUCUGCUGUUGACUGCAUUGCCAAAACGAAAGAAUCGAAAAUCGAAAACGUGAAUCGGCUUGUGAGAAACGAGAGCGAGAGGCGUGGUUCAGCGGGAAGAAUGUUCCGAUACACGCACGCCCUAGUUUGCAGGGUGCCUGUGGCAUUCAGGACACGCGCAGAAAUCGACCUGGAAGAGGCGCGCAGGCAACACGAGUCACUCUGCAGGUGUCUGCGUGAACUAGGCCUUGACGUCGUCGAACUGCCGCCGGACGAGCAGCAUCCCGAGUGCGUCUUUGUUGAGGACACUGCCGUCAUUUGCAACGGCGUUGCCCUGAUUACGCGCCCAGGUGCGCCGCAUCGCCAGGGAGAGGUUGACACUGUUCGUGCCGUAUUAAAAAAAGAGCUUGGCCUUCCAAUUGUAGAGAUCUCUGAUGAAGCUGCAAAAUUGGACGGUGGUGAUGUUCUUUUCACUGGACGAGAGUUUUUUGUAGGCCUCAGUGAAUGGACGAAUGAGGCCGGGGCGCGCGCCCUUGCUGCUUCCUUUCCCGAGUUUUCAGUGACCCCCAUCAAGGUGAGCCCCGCCGUGCGUCUCGAGGGUGGCCAGCAGGGUCAAGCACUGCAGGUCUCGGAGACGCGCCACCUGAAAGCUUUGGUUUCCAUGGCAGCGCCAGACGUGUUGUGCGUUGGACAAAGCACUGCGGCGCAAGAAGUGUUGCAACGCAUUGAACGAGAAGCCUCCUUUAGCUACCAGACCCUUACUGUACCUGAAGAUUGUGCUGCAAAUGUGCUUUCAGUCAACGGAACCCUCCUCCACCGUUGUAAUGCAGAAGCACCUGAAACAUGCAAGCUCCUAGAGGGAAAAUUCGAGCUGCAUCGUCGACAGCUUGCUGCGUCUGAAUUAGCCAAAGUGGGAACUGGACUGACAUCGUGCUGUCUGCUUGUGCGCCGUACACGCGCUGCACGCACCUAUUGACCUCCUUUGAUUAGCCACCAUGUGUCAAUUCACUGUGAUUUUCGCCUCCCUAUUAUAGCACGCCUCCAAUAUGCUGUACCUUCCAGCUUUAUUUUGUGUUCAGCAUAACUGCAGCUCUCUUUGAUCAGAACCAGAAUGAUCACAUCUCAAGUUUGCAUAUAUAUACCGAGUCAUUGUUGUAAAUAAGAAGAGUUGAAUAAAAUGAUUAUAAGACAUUAUUUACUUUUUAGCUUUUCUCAUUUUUU